UUCCGGGGAAAGCCCCACCCGCAGCUGGGCGUUCCUUCCCAGCGGCGGGAGAAGCUCUUUUUUUUCUUUUCUUUUCUUUUUUAAUCCCCGCCAUGGCUGCUUUGCAGUUCCUGCUGAUGAUCCCGGCCUUGGGCAAUUUCCUUUUCACCUUCGGGACCGGCGUGGAGCUGAUCCGUUUUAUUUCCUUCCGUGCCGUCUUUUUGCAGCUGCCCGCGGGGGCUGCGUCUCCUCCUGCCCCCCACGGGACCGGCGUGAAUCCAGAUGACAUCUCGAAUCCUCGGUGGAAAACUGCCCUAAGUGAUCCCAAGAUUCUGCACUCGCUCACAGUGGACGUGGGCCUGAUCAUCCUUUUUAUCCUUCAGCACAGCCUGAUGGCUUCCGAUCGGGUCAAAAACUGGACCUGCAACUGCUUUGGGGUCUUGCAGAGAACGGUCUAUGUUUUUUGCACAGAUGUAUCCCUUCAGUUGCUGAUGAGGUAUUGGCAGCCAGUACAGGAUGGUCCUAUGCUCUGGAACACAAACAUUGAGCCAUGGAUCACUUGGGUUCCACUCAUCUGUUUUAUCCUCCAUUUCGUCUCUUGGCUAAUCAUCUUUAGCAUCGUUCUCAUCUUUGAUUACGCAGAACUGAUGGGAGUCAAGCAGGUUUAUUACUACUGCUUGGGCAUGGGAGACCCUUUGGCUGUGAAGUCUUCACGGGCCCUCCGCCUCUACUCACACCUUCGCCAUCCAUUGUACGUGGAGUUUCUGCUUAUCCUCUGGGCUGUUCCCUGCCUCUCCCUUGACCGCCUGCUUCUGGCCUCCCUCUUCACGGUCUAUCUUACCUGUGCUCACAGCCUGGAUGAACAGGAUUACCUCUACCUCCGGGCCCAGCUGGACAAGAAGUUCCAAAUCUUCUCCCGGGAAGAGGCUGCUUAUGGGGGCUUAUUGGCUCAAAACGGCCCUUCAGACUACAAGGACAACUGAGUAAGGGUGGGAUAGGUACCGGUUUUGGUUGCAGGGGUGGGGUCUGGCUUUUGCGGGGGUCUGACUGCCAGGUCCCUGCUUGCGAAGCACUGAAUAAUACGCCCUAUCUUGUCUUGAUUGUGCUUUUACGUAAAAAGGACUUGAAGGGCUGCCUCCCAAGAAUUUGUUAGCUACUGGCUCAGUCUCUUGUAACUCAAGACUCUUUCCGAAGCUAAAGUUCUCCAUCGUUAUGAACUAGAACUUCAUUGCCCUCAACAGCAGUAUUAGAUGAAGAGGUUGGGGAUUUUAGCCUCGACACAUUUGGAGAAUGUCAAAUUGGGAUAGUCUGGACUGAAACACACUAAGUUCUACUCGUAGAUCAUGUGACGGAGGUGCUGUUUAGGAUCUUAUUGGAGAAGGUUGGAAUAACCAAUGCCUGGGUUUGAUCCCACUUUAGAACAUUAAGGAGAUCCUUUUUGAUCAUGAAUUUUUCUCUUACUCUGAGAAUCCUUAAUAAUGGUUGAAAUGCAGCUAUAUUUCAUGGCAGCCUCUAGGUUGGAUGGUUAUGUGGAGAGCAAAGCAGUUGGUUAAACAAAAGUGUCCAACUCUGGAAAAGAGGCAUCUCUAGAAUAUGUUUUCAAGAGCAUUUCUAAAAAAAAUGGGGAAGUGACUGCUCUUUAGCUCUUCAAUGGCCUGCUUUGACUAAGAGAAUGUUUAAAAGGGUCCUUUUAAAAUUAAUAGCAUGUUUUUAUUUAUUUCAAAUGAGCUUUUUACCGAUCUCUUGCCACAAAUUUUUAAUCAUAGCGUUUUAACCUCAACGUGCAAAUACUUAAUUUUUUUUUUUAUAUAUUAGCAGCCAAGUGCACUUAUUUGGAGGGGAUUACAGAUGCAUUUCUUCAAUAUGAUUUGUGAGUAUACAAUAUGUGUGGUGGUUUAAUUAAGCCGCUUAAUUACUAUUGCAAAGGUGCCUUGUUUUUGAAGUGAAAACUCCUUGAAUUAUAGAAGAAAACACAGAAAUAAAAAAGCUUUCAGUCCAAAUGCUAGUACUAAUAUCUUAGUAUUAGAUUUUCCUAAGGGAUUUUCACUCGGGUUGUCCUUUUAAAAGAUUAUCUUGAUUAAUAGAAACAUUGUCCAUGCUAGAAUUCUCAGAUACAGCUAUACUUGUUAUUCCCCAGCAUGCUGGCUGGGGAAUUCUGGGAAUUGAAGUCUAGACAUCAAGUUGCCAUGGUUGAGAAAUACUUUUGUAGACCAUUGGAUUAUGGUUCCCCUCCUCCCUCAUCAUCAUGUCAUAGAGUCACAUCUGGGGGCCAUCCAGUAGCAUCAAUAGAGAGGGUGAAAAAAGCUAAGCUCUUUUGUAUAAAGAUAUAUAAAGGGACAGGACUUUUAUCAAGAUGCCCCUCUGGAAAUCUUGAACUCCAUCCCAUACGAGGCGACUGUGGGCACCAGUUUAGGGACGUUGUGGGCAAUGGAAGUCCCGCACUUUAACUGCUUAGAAAAACCCUUCAACUUCCUGUACGGAACAUUACAAUGGAACAUAUUUUUUAAUUAUAAACUGCACAGAUGUGAUGAAUAAAUAAAAUGAACACAGUCCACCAUUCUAGGAGUAAAUGUCUGAUUCCUCCCGGCUAUUAGGUUAUAAUUUCUUACUUUUCUUAAAGGUACAGGAACCUUCUA